AAUACGAAGAGAAGAAAGAAACUUAUCUUUUGUUCCACCGUCUCUGGUCCAGAGAGUACAGGAAUAUUGACAUUUGACAUAGUGUUCCAUUACACAUAUUCAAAUCCAAGUGUUGAUUUCAUUUCAUCGAAUUCCAGAUCUGAGAGCACAACGACAAUGGCGAAACCAAGAUACUCUCGGCUUCCACAGCGAAAGUCAUCAUCCUCUUCAUCUACGCUCAUCCUCACUUUGUUACUUAUCUUCACCUUCCUCGUUCUCAUUCUCCUUGCUCUCGGAAUCCUCUCCAUCCCUAACUCCUCACGCUCCAAUUUGCCCAAACCUAACGAUCUUACUUCCAUUGCUCGAAACACACUCGAUAGAACCGAUGGUGACGAUGAGAGGGGAGAACAGUGGGUUGAAGUAAUAUCGUGGGAGCCUAGAGCUUUUGUUUAUCAUAAUUUUCUGACAAAGGAGGAAUGCGAGUAUCUCAUUGAAAUAGCAAAGCCAAGUAUGCACAAGUCAACGGUUGUGGAUAGCGAAACUGGAAAGAGUAAAGACAGCAGAGUGCGUACAAGCUCUGGAACUUUUCUGGCUAGAGGUCGUGAUAAGGUUGUCAGGAAUAUUGAGAAAAGAAUUGCAGACUUUACUUUUAUCCCUGUAGAGCAUGGUGAAGGGCUUCAAGUUCUACACUAUGAAGUUGGACAAAAAUAUGAGCCUCACUAUGACUACUUUCUUGAUGAGUUUAACACUAAGAAUGGGGGUCAGCGUAUAGCAACACUACUGAUGUACCUUACAGAUGUGGAAGAAGGGGGUGAGACAGUGUUCCCAGCAGCCAAAGGGAAUUUUAGUUCCGUGCCAUGGUGGAAUGAGCUUUCUGAUUGUGGAAAAAAAGGACUUUCAAUUAAGCCAAAGAGGGGUGAUGCUUUACUUUUUUGGAGCAUGAAGCCGGAUGCAACAUUAGAUCCAUCAAGCUUGCAUGGUGGUUGUCCAGUGAUUAAGGGUAAUAAGUGGUCAAGUACCAAAUGGAUGCGUGUCGAUGAAUACAAAGCUUGAAUAUACAUUACUAAAGGCUUGUCUGAAUUCAUCUAGCCAAUGGUGUGCUAUUUUGAAGUCUGAGCUAAAACUUUCUGCGAUAAUCUUCAGAUCUUGAAGGAAAUAUUUACAGCAUGACGUGGCAUUCUGUAAUUUUGGAUGUUCUUCUGUAAGCUAACUCAUUUUUUCCCUACCCUUUUCAUUUAUGUUACUAGCAAAUAUAAUAAUAAAAAAUUAUGUAUUAAAUUAGGGAUGUUCAAGAAAUGUAUGAAACCAAUAGAUGGAACGAGUAUACCAGCUUUUUCCUUGGAGCUUCCUUUACCUUUGUGUUGUAAUCGUUGUUAUAUGUCAGCUUGUAUUGUAUGGAUGGUAAUUGGACCUAAACCCAAUGGGGUACUUUUUAAAAAAAUAUUUACGAUGGGUAUUUUUUG